AUUACAAAAGAAAUAUUUUAUUAUUUUCGUUAUUUAUAUUUUUAAUUUCUCAAAUACCUUUAUUGUUUAAUAGCUAUAGAGAUAAUAGUUUAGAAAAGAUGACAAAAAAUGUAUUAUUUGUAAUAGCCCACCCAGAUGAUGAAUGUAUGUUUUUCACACCAACUAUAUUACACUAUAGAUAUCAAUUAAACUAUAAUAUAUCAGUGGUAUGUUUAUCAAAUGGAAACGCUGCAGGAUUAGGACUUAUUAGAGAGGAAGAGCUUGUUAAAAGUUGUGAAUCACUUGGUAUCCCAAAAGAGAAUGUUUACUUUGAAGAAACAGGGAAAUUUGAAGAUGGUAUGAAGAUCACUUGGGACACCGAGGAAGUUAAAGAUGUAAUUUCUGAAUUUGUAGAUAAAACCUCUGCCGACAUCAUUAUAUCAUUUGAUGAAAAUGGUAUUUCAUCUCAUCCAAAUCACAUUUCAAUUUUUAAAGGUUUAGAACUAUAUAUGAAAUUAAUUAAAUCACCAAACUCAAAUAAUAACAAUAAUAAUAAUAAAACAAGGAAAAAUGUUAAUAAUGAUCAUAACUAUAAUAAUAACAACAACUCAAAUAAAAAAAAUAUUAAAGCAUAUAAAUUAGAAACAGUUAAUAUUAUAAGAAAAUAUAUUGGUAUUUCAGAUAUUCCACUCACUAAAUGUUUAUCAUAUGACAAAAAUACAACUCAAACAUUUAUUUCAACUCAAUUUUUACCACCACAAAGCUACAUUCCAAUGACAAAGCAUAAAAGUCAAUUUGUUUGGUUCCGUUAUUUAUUUGUAUUUUUAUCAAGAUAUUCUUUUAUUAAUACAUUAAUAGAAAUAAACUAAAUACUACAUAUAUUACUGUAAUAAUUAUAAAUUAUUAAUAAUAAUCUAAAUAAACUAUAUUUAUAUAAAUUUUUAAACAAUU